UUAACGAUUUCAAACCGCGCGUCUUAAAAUAAUACUUAUAGAGGGCCGUCCUCCGUAACUGAAUCAGUUUUUCCCGUGAAUCAAGUGCUCCACAACCGGAUUCCAGUCGAAUCUCCACCAUACUUGCCGCCGACCGACUCGUCAAUCGUUGUUGCCAUGGACGGAGUUGAAGUUAAGCGAGAAAUUGAAGUGUUGAAUGGUAAUAACAAUGAUUAUACUAGAACGAAAGAUGUUUCGGGAGUUCCGGUGAUUGAUCUUGAUAGUUCGGAUGACGAUUCGUGUUCUUCUGGGAACCGAAUUAAUGAUGGCAAGAGGUCUAGGGUUUUGAGCGGUGGUGACGUAGUUCGUAGCAACAAGAGGAAGAAGGGUGCUGAUGGUGUGGUUCUUCCGGCGGGUUUUCUUGACCCUUUGCCGCGUAAGGAUGCGGCAUUGCAACAUGCGAAGGGGAAUAAUGUUUCGAAUGACCGGAGUUGUAAGCAGUUUUGGAAGGCUGGUGAUUUCGAAGGCUGUUCCGGUGGUGAUUGGAAUACAUCGUCAGGUGGCAUGGAUCAUUUGAGGGUUCAUCCAAGGUUUCUGCACUCCAACGCAACUAGUCACAAAUGGGUCCUUGGCGCUUUUGCAGAACUUUUGGACAAUGCACUAGAUGAGGUCUGUAAUGGCGCUACAUAUGUCAAUAUUGAUAUGCUAACAAACAAGAAAGAUGAAAACAGGAUGUUGCUGAUUGAAGACAAUGGUGGUGGGAUGGACCCUGAUAAAAUGCGACAAUGCAUUUCUCUUGGAUAUUCGUUGAAAAGCAAGGUCACAGAUGCUAUUGGACAAUGUAAGUGGCCUCCCCAUCACUUUGAUGAUGGAAAUGGUUUCAAGACUAGCACGAUGAGGCUUGGAGCUGAUGUUAUUGUCUUCUCUCGAUGCUCUGGGAAAGACGGAAAAAGGUCUACACAGAGCAUUGGACUACUGUCUUACACAUUUCUGCGGAGCACAGGGAAGGAAGAUAUAGUAGUUCCCAUGCUUGAUUAUGAAAGAGGGGUGCAAACAUGGAAGAAGAUGAAAAGAUUAUCACCUGUUGAUUGGGAUACAAAUGUUGAGGCGAUGGUACAAUGGUCUCCCUUUUCAAGUGAAGCAGACCUCUUGAGACAAUUUGAUCAUAUGAAGGAUCAUGGUACACGCAUAAUCAUUUACAAUCUAUGGGAGGAUGAUCAAGGACAGUUAGAGCUCGAUUUUGAUGCUGAUAAACAUGAUAUUCAAAUUCGAGGUGUUAAUCGAGAUGAGAACAGUAUAAAAAUGGCACAACAGUACCCGAACUCUAGACACUUCCUGACAUAUCGGCACUCUUUGAGGAGUUAUGCAUCAAUUCUCUAUCUAAGAGUUCCUUAUGGCUUCCGGAUGAUUCUCCGUGGGAAGGACGUGCAGCAUCAUAACAUAGUAAACGAUAUGAUGAUGACAAAUGAGGUUACAUAUCGUCCACAACCUGGUGUGGAUGGGGUUCCCAAGGAUUCAAACAUGGUUGCUCUAGUUACUAUGGGGUUCGUAAAGGAUGCAAAAGCUCAUAUUGAUGUACAAGGAUUCAAUGUUUAUCAUAAAAACCGACUCAUUAAGCCAUUUUGGAGACUCUGGAAUGCUGCAGGAAGUGAUGGUCGUGGGGUCAUAGGUGUGUUGGAGGCUAAUUUUGUUGAACCAGCUCAUGACAAACAAGGGUUUGAGCGCACAAAUGUUCUUUCAAGACUUGAAGCACGGCUUGUUCAAAUGCAGAAGACCUACUGGUCUACAUACUGUCACAAAAUUGGCUAUGCUCCACGGCGCAGACCCAAAAAAGGAGAGGAUAGAGAAUCUUCUCCUGAUUACACACCCGAAAUCCUUCCUACAAAGAGGAGUGCUCCCUCAAAGAUACCUGUUUCACAUUCAGACAAAGUGUUUUUGCAUCAAAAUCAGAAGCAGAGAGGAUCUCCUGAUUACACACCCAAAUUCUCUCUUUCAAAUAAGAGUGCUCCCUCAAAGAUAUCUGUUUCACAUUCAGACAAAGUCUCUUUGCAUCAAAAUCAGAAUCAAGGAGGAAAUGAGCCAAGCAGGCAUCCUAGUCCAGCUGUCAACUAUAAUGGCAAUGUUGGAGAAAACAGAGACAAAUCACAAAGGAUUUCUGGUGUAGGUGCUAGCUCCUCAGAAUCAACGUCACCUUUCUCCGGAAAUAUUCGUGAUUAUGAUUUGCAAACUACCGUGACUAUGAGAGACGCAAAUGGCAGUUCUCAGAAAGGAUUCUCAGCUCAAAGAACUCUUCCGAUUGAGAGAACUCUUUCGAGGGAUAGCUCUCUAGAAGCCAGACGUACUGAAGCAGAGGACAACUGUUCUCCAAGCGGAAAAGCUAUGCAAGUUGUCACACAUCCUCCGUUGAGGUCUCACAAUGUUAACCGAAAUAUAGCUGUUACUCCUACUUCAAAUUAUGGCAAUGUAACUGUUCCUUCAAAUUAUGGCAAUCCCAGUUUUAGUCAGUUGGUGGAAGAGAAUCGUGAGUUGAAGGAAAGAUUGAGGAGGAGGGAAGAGGAGAUAUUAGGUGAUUUGGUGCAGGAUCUAGAAUGUGUAAGAACCCGUUGCAGAACGCUUGAAGCUCAGGUUGAGGAGGAAAAACGAAAAUACGAUCUUCUAAACAGGGAGCAGGAAAGUAUAAUCGCCAUAUUUACAGAGGAGAAAGAGCGUCGAGAUGUGGAGGAGCAUCUUUUAAGAAAGAAGUUGAAGGAAGCAGAAGCUACAAGCAAGAACUUGGUGGAAAAGGUGACACAGUUGCAGUUGGAGAAUAUGAGAAGUAUGGGACACAAAUGGGGGCAGUAAGUAGUUGCAGUUGGAGAAUAUGAGAGAAAGUAUGUUGAUGGGGGCGGGGCAGUGUUGUAUAUUGUAACAAAAUUCCAAGCCCUAAUCCUACCAAUACUAUAUAUGCAAAUUUUAGCUUA